AUGAUUCGGGCCAAGUUCACCGAGUACAAACAGGCUCUGCGAAACAACUGGGUGGGCCAACCGCAGUACACUGAGAAGGACUACCCGGAUAUUGACGGCAAGAAUUUUGUCGUCACUGGCGCCACCGGAGGAGUGGGUCUGGAGGUGACCAAGCUGUUGCUGGACAAAAAGAGCCACGUGAUCAUGGUUGGCCGGUCCAGAAGCGAUUGGCAGCCCGUCCUGGACCAGCUCCAGAAGGACCACUCGCACGGCACGUUGGAUUUCGUGGAGGCCGAUCUGGCAGACUUGACCACAGUGCAACGGGCAGGAGAGUACAUUCGAACCAAGUACCCGACUCUAGAUGGCGCCAUUUUCAACGCCGGAGUCAUGGCCCCGCCCUACUCUCUCACUCCACAGGGCCAAGAGUCGCAAUGGGGAGUCAACGUGGUCUCGCACUUUCUGUUGGCCAAAUACAUUUCUCCAGCGGUGAUCGCCGCGGCAAAAACUGCCCCCAAAGACUCGGUGCGCCUCGUGUGGUUGUCGUCGUCAGUCACAUUCGUGAGCCCGUACGAAGGAGGUAUCAAAUUCGACGAUAUCAACCACCAGGACGACAAGAACCCGUCUCCCUGGACGCUCUACUCACAGUCCAAGAUCGGAGACGCCUAUCUGGCAUAUCUGUGGUCCAAGCACCAUCCUGACUCGGGCGUGGUCUCCGUGUCCGUCGAUCCGGGCAAUCUGUCCUCCAAUUUGUCCCGACAUUACCCAAUCCUCUCCACCCUCAAGAGCUACAUUCAGUACCCUCCUAAGUACGGAGCCUACACAGAGUUGUCUGCACUGCUCAAUCCUGCCGUCAAGAACAACGAGCAUCUCAUUCCCUGGGGCGUUCGAGGUCAUCUUAGACUGGAUGUUGACGAUGGGCGCCGAGGAAGUGUCGGAGAGGAGCUCUGGCAGCGUCUUAACAAGGACGUUGCUCCCUACUUCAAGGAGGAAUGA